AUGGGGGUCAACACCCGCAGACCGAUCCUUCCUGCUCCCACAGAAUCCAUCAUCGAUACCGGCGAGAGCGCAACGGGCACAGAUCUGGCAACUGACAUAUCUCGCCGCACAGACAAAACGUCGUACUCCAUCCCGGACGACGGUAGCCCCAUCACUGUCCCCACUCGGCGUCAGCGGGACCGCGAGGAGAAAUUGUCUCGCUCCCACAACGAUUCCCACACUUCACUACUCAUCGAGUAUUUCGAAGGCGGCAAAGGAUCAAGCGGCAUUGUCUCUCGUCCCAGUGUUCGAGUUCGUGUCACACCCUCGUCGGCUAGAAAGUCUAGAGACAGAAGAGAUCGAGAUCGGUUCCAAAUUACCGAGACGAGCGGAAGCGGCAGCCGCAAACCAUCGUACACACACCGGAUAUCUCUACCAUCGGCAAAUCAGAAACACAUCGAAUCGAGCGCAGCGGAUGAUCAGAGUAUCGAUUCCAACUCAGCCGAGGAGGAAGGUCAUCAUUCGUCACGUCGUGAGGCAGUAGAUAUCGAAUUUGUCAACAGAGGAGACAGCGAGAUGUCCACCCUCUCGCAGGAUACCAGAUACAUUCCCACAACAUCGGAAGUGUCAUCUAUGCCGCCCGAAAGCAUGAUCAACGCUUCGUCGACAGGCCCCAGACAGAAACGCAGCCAGAGUAUGGAGCGUGGUUCACCUGAUGAAGACAAGGGAUUGCUCAAGACUCCUCGCCGACAAAGGAGUCGCAGUUUGAGUACGGAGCGAAUUGCGCAUCGUGUGGCAGAGAAACUCACCGAACCACAAGAGGCGUCGAGCGGCAAACACAGAAGCAAGAAUACCAAGGAAUAUCUCGAAGCCGACCCAAAAACGUCCCGACGCCGAAAGCACAAGUAUGCGGAAGAAGAUAUCAUGAGUCCCGAAUCCAGUCUUCUCAGCACAUCUGGAGUUUCUUCGAACCACAAGUCCGAUCAGUAUUCCAUUCGCUCCGGUGCAUCAAAGUCGUCCAUCAACAACCCAAAAUUGCUGGAGACUGUCGAGGAUGCGAUCAGGCGAUUGAUCCUUCCAGAGCUGAAGGAGCUCAAGAAGGACCAAAAGGUCAUGACUAACAAGAACAAAUUCGACCGGGACAUGGCAACUUCUUAUUCGUCCGGAACUAGCUCCAGGGAUGAGCUUGGCCGGCGGCUGUCCAAGCACGCCAGUGCGCCUGAUGUGAUGAAGCCCAAGGUUGUCCUUAACAAAAGCAGCAAAGACGAAGGCAUUGUUCUCUCCGCCGAAUCUGCCCCACGCAACAAGGAACGCAAGUCCAGCAAGAGCAGUGAAGCCUCCGAUUUGGCAGUGAGGUGGGCCAACAGGCCUGUACUCACCGAACAAGACAAGAUCCGACGACAGAGGAGCAAGGGCCUUCGCGAUGCCCAUGCGGCUGCACGGGUCGGUAGUGCUCUUACCGCAGCUUCUUUGAGACACCACGACUCCAAUUCCAGUCUUGGCACAAAAGAGCGUCGGCGCAACAGUGGCUCUCGAAAGAGUGUCUCCCGCAAAAGCACUGAGAGUAUGAAAUACAAUGAGACGGAACUUGUUUUCCAGAAGCACAAUGUUGCGCCCAUGCCAAUGCACAGCGAGAUCGACUCUGAGCUGACCAGAAACUCGUUGCUCUCUGAGCGCACGGCAAGUCCUACUCCUGAGAAGAAGAGCUCUCACUUUGACGUUGCUUAUGGAUCACCGAAGCAGGCUGUGUCGCCAGCACCUCGCACUCCUACCAGAAACUCGGUCGACUCGAGACAUGAACUCGGAAUGCGCCACGGCAACCAGUCGCGCCAUAAUAUUUCAGUACACUCUGCUUCAGACCGAGACUUGCGUCGCCAAAGCCAAUCACCGGGAACUGACGGUGGCGACUGGGUUGCAGCUGCAGCUGCAGCCAAUCUCCUUGACGCCACCCACCCCGGGCAGAACGCGGAUGAUCACUAUCAUGAGCAGACCGCCGGCCGCGGACUGAGUCCCAUUCAGAGCAUUGCAAGUGAUCGCACUGAUACCCAUCAUGCUCAUUACUCAGCUCAGGAUGAGCAACAUGCUGAGGGCAAGCGCGAGAUGGAAUCCCGACUAUCCAUUGAGUCUCUGUCAUCCGCUCCCAGUACGAACCUCGCGAGAUCUACCCGCCUGGGCACCAGUCCACAGAGCCAGAGCGGGCUAUUCAAGCAACACAGCCAGGAUUCGCCUGGGCUCGGAUACGAACAUUCGCGUCAGGGCUCGCAAGAUCAUGAUUACUAUGGCUAUGACGAGGAAAGCAGACAUUCCGUCGACGAUGAAGACAGCGAUGUUGAUUUCAUGGACAAAGUCAAGGAAGGUCACAAGGUGGCAACCGGCGCUGCAGCAAAUCCCCAAUUUGUUCAUCCGAUCGCUGUCGAAUCUGCAGUUGCUUCUCUGAUGGAUCCCUCUGUCCUUGAAUCCCAGGUUUCCUCCACAACUCGCUCGCAGACUGAACUGGGCCCACGAUCAGGCAGUCGAAGUCCAGAAAAACCAGCAAGUGAAGUAUACCGCGCAAGCCCUUUGAGACAACGCCAGGAUGCUUCCAAUGCCGAUGAGACCUCGUUUCCUCGGCGCAUGGGUGCCACGUCGCCUCCUCAGAGCGUUACCCAGUCCUUCGAAGACAUGGACGAGUCGGCUCUGAUGGCCGGCAACAUUUCGCGUCGGAUGGAGAGCCCUCAUGUGGAUGCCGAAAGCCAACAAUCGGAGUCCGAGAUCAACACCAACCCGUCCAUUAUCCAAGGCCCCAUCGGUGGUGUUGCUCAGGGAGACCACUGGGGUUAUGGUACGGGGUCACCGCCUGUCGAACACUAUUACGACACCCCGAUCGGCGGCUCCAAAGGCCUCAAUCCCGAACAGCAGAUUGGACUCGACGCAGAGUACUAUGAGACCGCCCAGAACAUCUUUGGUGGCGAUGACUACUCUGUCCACUCUGAUGACAACCAACCCCGGCAAUUGUUCGCGACCCCGCCUGGUGCUAAGGAUGAGGGCUAUGUUUCGGCUGCCAACCCUGUGUCUCCCAGUAUUGGAACCCCGAAGCAAGCUAGUCGAGGUCUUGCGGGUGCGGGCACGGAUGCCGCCGGAAUGGGUAGCUUUGGAAGUCCCACUGGGGCAGACGAUCUCUUUGUCUCUGGCCAUGAACGCCACUUCAGUGGCUACUCUCAUGGUGUAGGCUCGCCCCUCUACGACAGUGCCACCGGUCGUGGCAUCGAGAGAAUCCAGUCCCAGGAUAUUGUGGCUCUCAUGGAUCAUUUGACUGUUCGGGACGCUCAACGGAAUGCCAGGGAUACCGAAAUUCUGGUUACUCUGGUCCGAAGUGCCGCUGAAAUGCGCACUUCCUUUGAGCAGAUGAAGAAGUUCAUCGCUGAGCAGGAUGAGCUCAUCAUGGACACCACCGAGAAAGAACAUGAGCGGACGCAAAAGGCACUUGGAGGCCCCCGGCCAUUGCCUGCCAGUGGUUCACGGAACCGCCAGCUGAACACAGCCGAUGAAGAAGACAAGCGGAAGAACAUCUUCAAGCGUGCGCUCAAAGGCUUGAGCCUCAAGUCGGGCAAUGAUCUUAGCAAGAUUGAGGGUAUGCUGGAGCAGCUGCUGGAUGAGGUUGAGGCCCUUCGAUCUGGACAAGCUGGCGGGAUUCCGCGCACUGGCAGUAUGGAUCUGAGUGGACAUGGAACUUUCGGCCAGAAUGGGGCACCUAUCGAAGCCAGCCGCUCUCCCUACGGGUCCAGCUCAUCUCGCCCAGCUGAUGCGGCGCGCAGAAAUUCGGACCAGCGUGUCAGCACCGUUCAUGAAGUUGACGAGGACCUCGAACUCACCGAUGACGACCACUUCAUGACUUCGCAUCUCCCUGUCCGCGACGCACCUCGUCACGAGCGUUCCGGUUCACUACCGCUUGACACACCUCCACGGAAGCCGGUGCCCUCGGCAGCUCGCAGCACCGAGACCACCCCCAAGGCCGAAAAGGCACGCAAGCACAAGUCCAGCGGUUCUUCCAUCUUCCCGAAAAUCUCGCGCUGGUCCAAGUCCACUGCCACCUCUGUGGGCGACAACAUCCGCAACAGCAUCCAGCCUUCCCGCAAAGAACGCCCGGUCUCGGAUCAGUCUCGCUCUGGAUCUGAUAUGGCCCCCCCUUGGAUCCGAUCCACCUACACCCUCGAAGACGAGCAAGAUGAGAACCGGCCUCCCUCGCCAUUGGUGCCUUCCCAGGUCUCCGAGGCCCCCAAAUACCGCGGCCACCGCGGCAGUCUCGAGCUCCAGCACCCUCAGCCUCGCCAAGGUCCAACCGGACGCUACCAGUCCCGCCUCGAGACUGAGGCCCAAGCAUUCAGUGGUCCCAUCUCCCCUACCGGCUCAGACCAAUGGGAAUCCAACCCCAGCCUGUCCGCAGCCAACCCAGCCCACAACCGCAACAGCGGCGUCAGCGGCAACAGCCGCCUCUCCCCAAUCUCCGACGCAGGCUACUCCGAGACCAGCACCCGAGCCCCCGGUCCACCCCGUCCUCCCAAGCUCAAGGACGAUGGCCCACUAGUUCCGAGUCGUCCAUCAAAAGUAGCGGAGGACGAGGAACCAGCUUACAGCGUCGACCGUGUUGUUUCACGGGGCUCUGCCAUCCGCUCUCCUCCCACACGCAAACCAACCGGCCCGCGUCCCCUCACCUCCGCCGGCGCUUACAGCCCGAGCAAUAUCAAGCGAACCCGUUACCGAGGCAGUCCCGCUCAAAUCGAUUACACCGAUGAUGAUUAUUGA